AGAGGAAAUACUCGAUGGCGAUGGCCAGUGAGUUCAGUGAGAGUGCCGCGAUCCUUUUACCGAUCCACCGUGAAAGUCGACGAUGAAGUUGCUGCUACCGUUGAUCCUCGGCUGUUGCUCGGUGCUGUCGGAGACCGCCACAGAUUCGUCCUCUUUUCUGGCCCGAGCGUCCGCGCAACUGGAACGACUGGACACGUACCGCAGGCCCCCGAGCGAUCGGCAACCCUCCUGGUUGGAGAUCCUCGCCAGGGACCCAGGCAUCGGGAGGAUCAGCAGUCGACGGGCGUUCGAGAUCUACCGACUGCUACCGGACGACAUGCAGGUGGAGAUCGCGAACAAGGUCGGUGGGAACCGAGCGAUGAUCGAAUUGCUGGCUGAUUCCAAAGACGAAGCGAUGCAAGACAACAGGAUAAAGAGAUCAGGAUCGAAACGCGAGAUAUACGACCGCGACGGAUACGAAUCGCCACCGGAAGGAUACCAGGAAGAGUACGCAGGCUACGAGCAUUACGGACCGCCCCCGCAGCAGUCCGGUUCCGAUUCCGGGUCGAUCAUCAAAGGAUCCUCCAGCGUGAUCGGUGGUAUCGCUCAGGGCUUGAUCAGCGGCCUGGUCAGCGCCUCGGGCACCGCCUCCAAGGGAUCUUCCUCGAUCUCUGCUCAGAGUUCUCAAUCUAGCGUCCAGUCGAGCUCGUCCUCGAGCGACACCGAUAAGCCUAAGCCGGAGUACGGGCAAGUUUACUCGUACGGCGAUAAGGCGUUCGACGUUUGGGACUUCAAAAAGGCGAUCGUUAGCACGUUAAUGCAAGCCGUGAAAGCUAUAAGCGGCGGCGUGAUCGCGUUGAAGGGUCAGCUGAUAAAAGGCAGCGGUUACCUCGUCUCGACGAAAGGCAAGAUCAUUGCCAAGGCCGGUGACGCGGUCACUUCCCUCGGUAGGAACAUCGCCAAGAGUGCGGUCACUCCUCCCCCGCAUCCCGGAUACUCGUACCAUCAAGGCGGUCACGACGAGAGUUACGGAGGACCACCGCCCGCCGUUGGGGAGUAUCUUGCGCCCAACGAGGAGUAUCACGGGAACCCGAGUUAUCAUUCGACGUCGGACGCCGAUGACGAGCAAGCCGGUCUGUUGAUCGCGAAACCGACGAAACCAGACGACGACCAUCACGACCACGGGAACAACCAACACAGUGGCAACGUAAAACCUGAAGACGAUUACCAAGGACCGCCGCCGGAACAGCCUGACAAAGAGAACGCCGUGAUAGACUACCAGAACUUUCAUCGAGACAACGAGAACGCUCAUCAUCCAACGUCCUUCAGCUACGGCGUGCCGCCGGUCCAGCUUCCCCUCGAACCUCUGAAUCCCGUGUCGAUUCAACAGAGCGUCGAGUAUCCACCCAUACACCUCGACUACUUCCUCCCUAACAAAGAUCAGUUCGAACUGCCGAACGGCGACGACAACGACCUGUCCGUGUACUCGAGCCUGACCAUCGACAUGGAACCCGACUCGAUCAAAGCGCCGUUAAAGGGACACGCAGGUUUCCACGAUUUCCACAUGCUUCCCAUGCAAGGACCCUUGAAGAUUCCUCUGCUGGGUCCUCCUCACGCCAUGCCCUAUUGGCAGAACCAGCCUGUCGAUUUCAAUGGAUUAUACAGGAGAAGGAACAGCGCCCAGAGGAGGAGAUCUGCCAGGGAGCUGGCGCAGUGGAUGAGACUGCAACGGGGGUAGAUCGAAUGAGGUAACUCGUAUCGCUUAAACGCUUUUUUGCCACAGUCCUGCUUCGCUCUGAACGUUGCUUGGAAUUAAUCUUGACUGAAUCUAACAGACGACGAAGAAUCUCCACGUGUCGUCGUUAAUUCCUGUCCGAACGAUGAUUUAUUGCAGUGAUCUAUUCGUAUGCGUAUCAGCCGUACUUCAGCGGGUUCAAACGGAUUCCUAGUUACUGAAAAACUACAGUGCCUCCCGCGACAGAUACUCCUACGAAUGCAAGUGCGAACGAACUGUUCUACGACCAAGUGAGAAUCGUCGACGAAGCGGGAGGAGGAGAGCUCGAUCUCGUUUCGAGAGAGCGAACGCAGGUCCAAGUGUCGUCGCUCCGUCUUGUGAUAUGCGUUGAAUCAGGAACGAAUCUCGUUGCACCGGAACUCUGAGACGCUUGUCCAGCGUUGUGUAUAAAAUAUCCAUAAGUGUAGAUGAUCCGUGUGGAACGAACAAGGCCAUAAAUACUCUCUAUAGAACUCGUUAUCGUCCUCUAUGUUUUGUAUUAUACGAAUAAAUCCGACGUUGAUUAGAAGUGCAUUUUUCUUUCCAUUAUUCCGCUCGAUCGCUUCCAGUCUCGACGACGUCCAACGAUUCAUUCCCGUCAUACCCAUAAUUUGGAAAGUCGUGAUGGCUCGUAUAAUUUCAUCCAUAAGGUGAACAUAGUGGGUCACUGGAUCGGGCACGCAGGCGAUCACGCACACAGGCGUGUACGUCGUCGCGGGGGAAUCCAGUGUACGUACGUAGCGGCGGACAGGUAGGUGGUAGGAUAUGGAGAGAAACGGUCGGCCGUUCGACCGGUCCUCCUGCCCCAUCUCUGAAGGUCUCCUGCGCUCAGACUUUCCUGUCGUCAAAUUCCUCCCCGACUAUAAAUAAACCGACCUCAGAUUUUAUUCUUCCUCUCUCGAUCGACUUUGUUUUUCGUAAAAGAGAAAGGAACCAAAACGAGAGCAAUCACGAUAUCUAGGCUGCAGGAUUUGCAGAUCAUUCGCCAGGUCCGUUUAGCAGAUAAAAUCCAUCGUCUCGAAUUACGGAUACAUUUUCCACCACGCGAUUCUUGAUGCGUAG